AUGGCAGACAAGAUCUCAUCCGAACAAAGCAAGGGGAAAGAGGCAAUUGUUGGAGUGAAAGCGGACGUCAAAACACUUCAGCACCUGAGCUCUUCGGGCAAAGCUGCAAAGGACAAAAGGGAGGCGAACCAGAUUGAAAGGGGUAUGGGCGCUAUAGGCGCAGCUGCAAGAAAUGCAAUCCAAGGGAGGGGAGGCCAAAAUCAAGGAAAUUCAGAUAGACCAGCUCAGUAG